CCGAGCCCGGGGCCGGCGGGAUGCGGGGCCGGGGCGUGGCGCUCGUGGUCAGCCGGGAGGCGUCAACGCCCCGGGGACGCGGCCUUCGGACUGUCACUCGGAUUGGAUGGGACGGGCCGCGGCGGAGAGGUGGGGCUUUCCGGCCGUCACUCGGGAUGAGCACUCCCAGGCCUGCGCCUCCGUCCCAGGUUCCCUCUUCCCACCAGGCUCCGCCCACGGCUGCGGGGUUGGCUUCUUCAAGGCUCUGGUUGGACGCCGCAGGCUCGCUCCCAGCCUCCCAGCAGUGGGGACACUUGACUAAACUGUGUGUGUAAUUAUUACGUCCUUAAGUUCUCUCCCCCUUUGAAAACCAGGGCAAAUUGUCCAUGAACUUCGCUACAUUUAGAAUUUAUUAAUGAUUCAUUAGACUUGUUUUUUAAUUGCACUCUUCUCUCAUCCCCUGAAC